GCACCUUAUUGGUCUUAAAAUUUCUGUCCAGUGAUCGUAUAUAGAGGAAUUUAUCACAGAAGUCAAGUCAAUGGUCAUUCUAGAAGAAGUUAUACUGCACUCUGGGAGUCAAAUCUGACCAGCGAUAUAUUGGACCCGUAUUAAAUUGGGAGAGAUGGAUAAGACGAAGCUGGCUGCUUUUGGAGAGCGUUUGAAGAUUGGAGGUGAGCGCUUGAAGGUUGGGGGUGCCGAAAUGGGAAGAAAAUUUAGUGGAAAAAUGAAGGAGAUUCUUCAAGGCCAGUCACAAGAAGCAAAAAUGGUUGAGGAAGCUACAUCAGAGAGUUUGGAAGAACCAAACUGGGGUCUAAAUCUGAGGAUCUGCAAUUUGCUUAACAGUGAGGAGUUUGACGGGUCUGAAGUGGUGAGGAUAAUAAAAAAGAAGAUCUCUGGCAAGAGUCCCAUUGGUCAACGGCUGAGUUUUGACCUGCUGGAGGCUUGUGCAAUGAACUGCGAAAAGGUCUUCUCAGAAGUGGCUUCUGAGAAGGUCCUAGAAGAAAUGGUAAAGAUGAUUGAUAAUCCGCAGACACAUUAUAGUAAUAGGCAGAGAGCUUUGCAGUUGAUUGAGGCAUGGGGCAAAUCAGAUGAUCUCAGUUAUCUACCAGUGUUCAAACAGACUUACUUGAACUUAAAGUCACGGCAAAUACCUAAUGAGCAGGAAGAUGGCAGUUCUGCUCAAUUAUUUUCUUCACUUGAAGAUGAUUUUGAUGAUCAUGCAUCUCUUCCCGGGGGGUAUCCUCUUACCAGUUCUGGUCAGCAGGCUACACUGGGCUCCAUUCCUUUGCAGGGAGUGUCAAUCUCAAUGGAAGAAAAGAAGGAGUUACUUAUUAUUACUAGAAAUAGCAUUGAGAUCUUCUCUUCUCUGUUGAACACACAGACCAAGGAGAAGCCUAUAAAGGUAUUCGUAUAGAUGUCUUGGUUCAUUUGCUGAUUAUUCAUAACAUAAUAAUGAUAGCUGUUUGUUCUAGUCUCAUAUAAGAGUGUUCUUUGUUUGUGUAUUGAACUUUAAA